UCAAUUUGAAGAAUUAUAGGUAUACUUGAAAAAAAUAUUAAAACGUCCUUCUAAGUAUGAAUAUUUAUGUGGUUCGUGCAAAUGAUUUAGCAACCUACAUGAAAAUAAAUACCGAAAACCAAAUUUUGAAUUUAAAAAAAACAAGUACAGAAGAUGACUAUAUGUUAAUUGAUAAUGAGAAUGUAACAAAAUUAUGCUUUGAUGAAAGAUUAAGUGUAGUAAAUGAAAAAAAAGAAGUAUUAGGUGAAUUUGUUGGUCAAAUACAGAAAAGUAAUUCAAAUACUAAUUCUGAAUCUUUAAUAAUACAUUUAAACUCGACUAGUAUUUCCAAGCAUGGAAAAGAAAUUGGUAUGAGUGUAAUAACAUUCACCACAGCAAAUUUACUAUCUUAUGAAGAAAAAUGGUCACAAACGUACUCUAAGGAGUCGGCAAUGGAAUGUAAAACAGUUUUAGUUUCAAAUAAAAACAAUGAUGGAAAGGUACAAAUCUGCACGGAUAUAAACAAUGGUGAAUUAAUUGAUCAAACCAAAAAUAUAAAUUUAAAAUACAUAAAAGGUUUGCUAACCGAGGGCAUGAACUACGCUUUCCUCCGAAAUCUAGCAAUAAUAGGAUUUGAGGGUACCAUUAAGAAUAAAACAGCCAUCACCAUCAACGGAAAAUUGUGUAAAACAAUAUACGUUUGUUCAUUAAAGGACAAUUACAAAAUUAAUAAAAUGUCAGUAUCAGUCAUAAUUAUAAAGAGGGCUAUACAAUUAGGAAAAUCUUUUAAAAUUCCAAUUAGAGAAACGAUUACUGUCUUAACCCGUUUGGGUUAUAUAUUAAAUCAUUCAUGGGGUAAAACAAUUAAUCAGAAAUUGAUCAUCAACAAGUCAAUGCGAAUCACCAAAGAUGGUUUUGUUUAUAACGACAAUGUGACACAUAUAAAGAAUAAUUUGGAUCAAGAUAUUCGAUUCAAAUUAAUGUAUCUAAAUAAAUAUCCUGAAAUGAAAAUAAAGUACAACACAUACAUAAAAAACAACAGAGAUGUGUAUGACAUGAUCAUUGACUAUGUAAAAGCUGUAUUAAUAGCCAAGCCAGAUAAUGUGUUACAGUUUUCAAUCGAUUACUUUGAAAAGUUAAUUAAUUGUGUGCAUUUAUAUGAAAUUAUGACUGUUUAAACAAUCGAAAUCGAGUGACAAUAAUGGCCAUUAUUACUCGCAUAUAAUAAUAUUAUAGGCACAUAUUACUAUUAAUUGUACCUACAUACAUAAUUAUAUAUCAAUACUUAAGUCCAUAAAUUAUUUCUUAUUCGGAUUGAAUGCAUAAUAAUAAACCAGCUAGUCCUAAAACUCUUCUGAUUGGGACUUGUCAAACACUAGCCGGUCGUAGAACUAAGUAAAAAGACUCCAAAAGUUUUACAUUGUAUUAAUUAAUUGAAAAAUUGAUGCUGAUAGAAAUUAUUCCGAAUUGUAAUUUUGGCAUAUUUGCAAUAGAAAAUCCUCAAUAAAAAUCGAUUUGAAAAUGGCUUAAAAUUGUUGUGUAUGUACCUACAUAUUAUAUUGACAAAUACCAAUUUAAUGUUAACCAAAAAAAUAUAAGUACGUAAUAUUUAACAGCAAUUUUACGUUUUCAAUUUACUAAAUAACCUGGUCUCAAUAAAUAACCUUUAGUACCAGCCAAGUCCAAUUUCUAAGCUAAGAGUAUAAAGAGGCUUUAAAGCCACUGACCUAAAAACAUUAUGGUCAAACGUAAACUGCGCCCAAUACCAUUUAAGGUAUAAAUGCCUAUGUAUAGCAAAUUGCACCCAGCAGAGACUAAUAAGUAUUCAUUAUCGAUUAAUUACUAGUUGAUUCCACGCAUUUCGUUGCCCGUAGAAAAUGACAACUCAUAAAAAAAUUGUGAUUGUUCAACCCCUCUUGGAUGUAACUCACUGCAGUAAGUGCCACUCAGCAACCUUGGUAAGCUUGGCUAACUUGUACUGAUCUGCUCGAUUAACCAAUGCAAACCAAUAUACUUAUAUACGAAAAAAAAUAAUACUAAUUUCUACUAUUACUAUUAUAAUCUACAGCCAUUGGCAACCAAUAAUAAACAAAUAAAAAGUUUCAAUUUCCACCGUGAAUCUCAAAUUCAUUGUUUGAGCACCUCGAGUUUAACUUUUCGUGACAAAAAAUGAAGCAUAUUUUCUUCCUCGAGGCCUAAUCUAUGUCUGUACUAAAUUUCAUCGCAAUCGGAUUAAAUGGUUUAGUAAUACACGAGUAAUGCAUAUAAAGGACAGACAAACAUUAAUUUUUAUAUGCAUAUAAAUAUUAGAUAAGUUAUAUAUUAAUUUUAUGAUAGCCAUUUGAUCAUUACCUAGAGAACACCAUGAAGACUAGCUAUCCUCCACAAAUGAUUUUUCUGUUUGUUUUAAAUUAAUUAAUUAAUAAAAAGGUGGGCAAGUGGAUGUCACUAUGCUGUACAGUAGGUUACAAGUGGGUCACUGUA